AUGUCCGCCCCCGGCGCUGGUCACGAAUUCCCUGCUAAACCAGUCUCCUGGCAAAAGCGCGAUGUCUUGUUGUUCGCCAACAGCAUCGGCUGCAAGGCCGACGAGCUACAGUUCCUUUAUGAACUGCACCCCAGCUUCUCUGUCUUCCCGACCUACCCCCUGAUCUUGCCCUUCAAGCUCACAGACCAGGAGGUGACGAAUUUCUAUGACCGCCAAUCUGCCGUUCACAUCCCUGGGGUUCCGAAAUUGGAUCACCGCCAUGGAGUCGAUGGCCAGCGCAAGCUGACCAUCCUCAAGCCGCUUCCUCCCACUAGCGCUGGACGCAAGUUUGAGCUGCGCAACAAGGUCAUCGGUGUCUACGACAAGGGCAAGCCCGGAACUGUCAUGGAAACCGAGCAGUCUAUUGUCGACGCAGAGAGUGGUGAGGUGUACAACAAGGUUCUGACGAGCGGCUUUUUGGUCGGUCAGGGUAACUGGGGUGGGCCUAAGGGUGAGUUGCAGGCACGAUUCCUAGCCUCACAGAAAAAGACUGAUAUUCUUUCCGCAGGACCCUCCACAGUUAACUUCCCCCCUCCCGAGGGCAAGGCUCCUGAUGCCACUCACGUCAUUCAGAGCACCAACGAGACUGCUCACCUGUACCGUUUGAACGGAGACUAUAACCCUCUGCACGCCACCCCCGAGCCCGGUCAGAAGAUGGGCUUUGGUGGUGUUAUUAUCCACGGCCUGUUCAGCUGGAACUCUGCUGCCCACGGCAUCCUCCGCGAGCUUGGAGGUAGCAACCCUGACAAUAUCAAGGAAUUCCAGGCUCGCUUCGCGUCGCCUGUUCGUCCCAAUGACAAGCUUACUACCGAGAUCUGGCGGAUGGGUAAUGUCCAGGCGGAUGGCUUUGAGGAGGUCCGCUUCACUACCAAGAACCAGACUGGCAAGGUUGUCCUGAGCAAUGGUCGUUGCUUGCUGAAGGUUGUUAGCCCCAAGAGCAAGCUGUGA